AAAUAAAUCAGGAUGAGGGCACAUACUUUUUCACUGUAUUAUAUGAUUAUAUCACUGUAUUGUCUUCUCUUCUUCUCUUCACUGUAAUCUUGUGUUUUAUGUUUUUUGUCCAAUUCUAGGAAGAGUUCAAUACAGCACUGAAGUCCUUACAAGAGAAACUUAAACGCAAUGAAAAAAUGAAAGGAGAGUUUGAGAAAACAGUUCAACACAUCAAGGCUCAAGCUGAGCACACAGAGCGUCAGAUUAAACAGCAGUUUGAGAAGCUUCAUCAGUUUCUCAGAGAUGAAGAAGAAGCUACAGUCACUGCACUGAGGGAGGAAGAGGAGCAGAAGAAGCAGAGGAUGAAGGAGAAGCUGGAGGAGAUGAACACACACAUCUCAGCUCUUUCACACACACUCAAAGACAUGGAGGAGAUGAUGGAAGCCAAUGACGUCUGCUUUCUGAAGGAGUUUCCAGUCUCAAUGGAAAGAGUCCAGAGCUCACGGCCGGAUCCACAGAUGGCUUCUGGAGCUUUGAUUCAUGUGCCGCGAUACUUGGGCAACCUGCCGUUCAGAGUCUGGAAGAAGAUGCAGGACAUCGUCCAAAACAGUGAGUCUGACGGCAGGAGAUCUGAGCUGGACAUGAUGGAUGGGUGGAGAGAUAAAGGCUCUAUAUGAUACACAAACUGAUAGAUAGAUAGAUAGAUAGA